AUGCGGCACAUUGUACCGCUUAAAGGCACUCCAAAGUACGGACUGGCAAGGUGGCUGUUUCGGCACCUCAAAUUUCGGACCGCAGAUUCGGACACCACCGUCUGUUCGUCAACCCAAUUCCUGGAGAAGCUUAAAGGAGUAAGUCUCUUGCAAAAAGAGGUCAUGGUAUCUUUUGGUGUCACGUCCAUCUUUACUUCUAUCGCCCAGGAUCUGGCAAUCGAGACCGUCGAGUUACUCCUACGAAGCAAAUACAAUGAAACGGAGAAUCGCCUCCGACAUGCCCAAGGCAUUCAGCUCCAAAAGUUCUGUCUUAGGACGUACUUCACGUUUGACAGAAUAAUCUACGUGCAAGUAAAGGGAACACCAAUGGGCUUGCCGAUGUCGGGAUUCAUCGCCAAGGCGGUCCUACAGCGGUUGAAGUUGCUGGUCUUCCAAUACCACAGACCGAAAUUCUGGGCUCGGUAUUCGGAUGAUACCUUCGUCCUUAUCGAACGGGAGCAUGUGCUCACGUUCAAAGAACGUCUCAACAGCGCCUUCCCGGACCUAUAA